GCGGGCCCGCGGCCCCUCAGCUGCGCUCGACAUGGCGCUGAGGCGAAGGCCCUCGUUGGUCCUGCUGCUGUUACUUGUGCGGGGCUGCAUGAUCGGGGCUGUGAAUCUCAAAUCCAGCAACCGAACCCCAGUGGUUCAGGAAUUUGAAAGUGUGGAACUAUCCUGUAUCAUUACGGAUUCACAGACAAAUGACCCCAGGAUUGAAUGGAAGAAGAUCCAGGAUGAACAAACCACCUAUGUGUUUUUCGACAACAAGAUUCAGGGAGACCUGACCGACCGUGCAGAGCUGCUGGGGAAGACGUCUCUGAAGAUCUGGAACGUGACAAGGACAGACUCGGCCCUUUACCGCUGUGAGGUGGUUGCCCGGAACGACCGCAAGGAGAUCGACGAGAUCGUCAUCGAGUUGACCGUGCAAGUGAAGCCGGUGGCCCCGGUGUGCAGGGUGCCAAGGGCCGUGCCUGUGGGCAAGGCAGCCACCCUCUCCUGCCAGGAGGGCGAGGGCUUCCCACGGCCGCACUACAGCUGGUACCGCAACAACGUGCCACUGCCCACAGACUCCAGGGCCAACCCGCGCUUCCGAAACUCCUCUUUCGUCUUAAACCCUGAGACGGGCACUCUGGUGUUCAGCGCCGUCCACAAGGAGGACUCGGGCCAGUACUACUGCAUUGCAUCCAACGACGCGGGCUCGGCCCGCUGUGAGGAGCAGGACAUGGAAGUGUAUGACCUCAACAUCGGUGGCAUCAUCGGGGGGGUCCUAGUCGUGCUGACCGUCCUGGCCCUCAUCACAGGGGGCAUCUGCUGUGCCUAUAGACGUGGCUACUUCAUCAGCCACAGCCGGAAUGGGGAAAGCUACAAGAACCCAGGGAAGCCAGAUGGAGUUAACUACAUCAGGACAGAUGAGGAGGGCGACUUCAGACACAAGUCCUCGUUUGUGAUCUAGAUGGUGGCACAGCUGUGUGCACACGCAGAGACCUCCAUGGGGAACACUGCCAGGAGCAGCCCUGCAAGGGGCGCCGGAUGGGGCUAGACACACGCACAAAAGCUUUUGUUUUGGCCAAAGUUGACCGCUACUCCUUUCUUACUUUUUAACAAGCUACAUGAAUAAAAGAGUUUUCCUGGAGAUGAGCAAGUCACCAGAAGGCGAGGAAGUGGCCGGGUUCACGAAGCCAACCCCGUGGGGUCUGCCGGCCUUGAGGUGGGCCGCCUGGGCUCAGGAGGCAUGGUGACCUGUCCCAUGGUGGGGCCACACCAGCAUGAGCAUCCAAGGCUGGCAGCCAGGGUCAUGACCUGAGCCUUGGCUGCAGUGACGGGGCUUCACGGUGGCCCCGGGGCCACUUCAUCCCCAGGCUUUGCCAAGAUAGUCCUGGUGUCCAUCCGGGGGAUUCUUUUUGGGUCAGCAUUUUAUAACAGCAGCCCAAAUCAGGACAGUAAACAGCUUGUUAGAAGGAGGGAUCUUCUUAGCUGUGGGAACCCUGCUCAUCUAUAGAGGGUCCCAGCAUUGGAGAGCCUUCAUCUUCUGCUGAAUCUGAAAUGGUACUGACAUGAUGUUCUGCUUUUCUAUGGGUGUUUAUUUUAUAAAAUUUUACAGUCUAAAUUUUUGCUAAAGAUGUAUUUUGAUUAUUGAAAAUUUCUAUUUAAAUUGUAAAUAAGUUGUCAUAUGCUGUUAAAUACUGUAUCUUUUUUGUUUUUUUUAAGUUCAACUUAAACUAGGAGCCCAAACUGCUCCUGUUCAAUUGGAAACACCACUGGUGGCUUAGGAAACCUUUGAGAAAACUCCAGCUGAGUAACCUCAUGGUCUAUUUGUGUCUGUGCAGAAGAGACACAGGGCUCCUGGGUGACCUUCCCUGGGCCUACCCCAGGCCCUAAGACACAGGUGCGCCAGCCGCACGCCUGUUCGGAGCAGUAUUGGCUCCUGAGUCUCCAGGCCAGCCCUCCUGCCCUCAUCCACCUGAUGCCGCGACACAGGCCGUGGGCGGAACAGCUCUGACAGUACCGUUCACCUGCCAUGUAGGUCGACCCAGGAUAGCGCCAAGGGGGCUGGAAGGGUGGGGUCCUCCAUGUGGCCCCCCAGCCUGGCUUCCCUGGGCCCAAGUUCUGUAGCUGUGCGUGGCUCAGUAAACCCAGCAGCCCUGCUGUCAGGCCUUUAAAUUCCUUCUACUUACUCAUGCAGGCGUCCCUUGUGCCUCAGCUGGUAAGAAUCUGCUUGCAGUGAGGGAGACCUGGGUUCAGUCCCUGGGUUGGGAAGAUCCCCUGGAGAAGGGAAAUGCUACCCACUCCAAUAUUCUGGCCUGGUAAAUCCCACGGACUGUAUAGUCCAUGGGGUCGCAAAAAGCUGGACACGAUUGAGCGACUUUCACACACACACACACACACACACACACACAA